AUGAUUUCAGACGAUGAUGACGAAUUGGAGACUGUUGUAAAGGCGAUUAUGGCACAGCUCCAAGAGAAGCAUAAGGCCAAGCAGACCGGCAGCAGAGCAGUCCAAACGUACCUGGAUAACUUGCGUCGUCUCAAGGGAGGCUGGGACGUUGCGACUGCUAUUGCUCUCACCGGUAGUAGCUUCGAAAACAAGGCUGUCCCGAAUGAGGUCAAAGACUUGAUUCGAUACUGGAAGGACAUGGACGACGGAAAAUUUACCAUCUUCAACAGUCAUAGCCAGGCUGACUUCCUGUAA